GUGGAGUGAAAGUAUAAAGUAGCAUCACAUGGACAUACUUGGGUAAAUAUACUUGGCUGCUGCUCAUGUGUGCAAAUACAAACACAGCACAUUAAAAUAUAUCUGACUACUGUAUGUUAUGUUCAUCCAUUACGUGUACUUACACUUUUGUCUCAUUGCUCCUUGUAGUAUGAAAACAAGCUUGGUUUACAAAGCCCAAUAAUACUUUUUCAUUCUGAUAUCAUGACAUUAUUCAAAAGUUUUUUACUGGGCGUCUCUAAGAGGUAGUCUAACAUGAAACUGUGUGUAUUGUUUAGGGUGGCCGCCUGUCCCCGCUCUCUAUAAUGCCCCAGUGUUUGCAGUAUCUGCAGUGAACGUGAUGGCAGCUCACUCGGUUUCCAUAGACAAGCAGCAGCAGAUGCAAGGCGUGGUGAAAGUAGACAGUGACCCGGAGCAGAAGUUCAUGGAGGGGACGUUAGCAGAGGCACCCAGCCCGACACCCACAGAGCCACAGACGCCCAUGGACACCGACAAAGCCUCCAUAUAUCGACAUCCUCUGUUCCCUCUGCUGGCUCUGCUGUUUGAGAAGUGUGAGCAGUCCACGCUGAGCUCCGACUGCAUCACCUCGGCCAGCUUCGACGUGGACAUCGAGAACUUCGUCCGCAGUCAGGAGAAGGAGGGAAAACCUUUCUUCAGCGAGGACCCCGAACUCGACAACUUGAUGGUGAAAGCCAUCCAGGUGCUGCGGAUCCACCUGCUGGAGCUGGAGAAGGUGAGCGACUUGUGUAAAGACUUCUGCAGCCGCUACAUCGCCUGCCUCAAGACCAAGAUGAACAGUGAGACCCUGCUGAGUGGAGACCCAGGAAGCCCCUACUCCCCCGUACAGGGACAGGCCCCCAGCUUCUCCCCCGCCAAGAGCCAGACCCCCAGCUCCAUCUCGGGGACCAUCAGCCCUCAGGGUCAGAUCGUGGUGCCGGCGUCGGCCCUGCAGCAGGGGAACGUUACCGUGACAACCGUCAACCCCACCCAGGUGGUAGCAGGUAUGUCGCCGUGGCAUACAACCCCCAAGUCAGGUGGAACAGUGUAUCAGCCUGUUACAGUGGUCACUCCUCAGGGUCAGGUGGUAACACAGGCUCUCUCUCCCGGGACAAUACGCGUCCAGAACAAUCAGCUCCAGCUGCAGUUUCACCAGGACUUAAACCUCUUCAAUCACGACGACAACUCAACCAAGAACAAACGUGGCGUCCUACCCAAACACGCCACCAACGUCAUGCGCUCGUGGCUCUUCCAGCACAUCGGGCAUCCAUAUCCAACAGAGGAUGAGAAGAAACAGAUCGCCACUCAGACAAACCUGACGCUCCUGCAGGUCAAUAACUGGUUCAUAAAUGCACGGAGGCGGAUCCUGCAGCCCAUGUUGGACGCCAGCUCCUCUGAGACACCCAAAACCAAAAAGAAGACCCCUCAGAACCGGCCUCUGCAGCGCUUCUGGCCCGACUCCAUCGCAUCAGGAGGAGGAAGCCACCAGCAGGUCACCAUGCCAGACGGCACGAUGGUGACGAUGAACAUGGAGGGUCUGCAGAGCCUGACGUCAGACGGCGCCACGCUGGCGGUACAGCAGGUGAUGAUGGGGGGCCACAGCGAGGACGAGUCGGGGGACAGCGGGGACGAGGACGAGGACGCGGACAUGGCCGGGCUGGGCCUGGACAACAGCGACUCAUUGCAGUAGAGGACACACACACUCCCUCACACAAUGAUCUACGCACACACACACACACAGAGAAACACAACAUGCGUCAAAAAUGGUGUCCAGAAUACACACACACA